GUGUCUUCAGGAUGUUUCCUUUGCCAUGCCAUUCCUGGGUUGUAUUUUUUUGUCCCCUUGUAGGUAUAAUAGGCCAGCGCAAAUCAGCACAGUCAUCAGGUUGCUUUGUCGACACAGUGUAAAUGGAGAGCAUCUAUAGGAACACACUGGGGUCAGAGCAGUUCAAAGGAAACUUUACUCACACACCUCUGAUUUGACUUCUGUGCAUUUUGGCCCUGCCCAAGAAUCUGUUUCAAGAAGAGUUUCUUGUUAGGAAAUGGAAAAAAACCACGCAGAUCUACUACAGCUUCCCAGUGACCUUGAAUGUGUUUCAAAGGCAGCAGGAACCAACUUUGAAGUUAUGAAGGCAGAGGCAGAUGCCCAUCUAAAGAAACUUUUGAAAAUUGAGCAUAACAUGUCAUCAAUAGAUGAUUUAAAAGCACAGUAUGGAAAGUCUAUUCAAGACCAUAUAAACCUUUCAAAAGAACUGGAGGAGGAACUUGGCACCAUUGCAAAGAAGAAGGCAGAACUUGCGGAUUACCUCUGUGAAGAUCGAAAUAAAUUGUCAUUAGAAGAUGUGUUUAACACAAUGAAAACCUUCAGGAAUUUAUUUAUCAAGGCACUAAAGGAAAACCAAGAAAGGAAAGAACAAGCUACAAAAGCAGAGAAAAGAAAGAAAUUGCUUGAAGAGGAGGAAGCUAAGCGUCAAAAAGGAGAAUAUGGAAAGAUCAUUCAAAAAGGAGAUGUGAGACCAGAAGCAUGUGUCCCUGAUGCCUUAUUAGCAGAUAUAAGGGAAGGCUUUCAGCUAUGGAAAACUACUAGGAACAAGUCUAAGCCAGAAAUUGUUCCCAAAACCUCACCUACUGAAACUGGUAAAAUUCCAAUUGUCUUCAGCAAGAAAAGACUUCAGCGUUUGGUCCUUAAAUAAUAAACUCGGAGAUGUCAAAAAGGUCAGCAUCAAUUGGAGAAGUGUGACUAAUUGUUCACCCUUAUCUACUACUUACAAUGGUGGAAGAUUCCAAGCUGCAAGUGAAACCAGUUGAAGGGGAAUGUAGUUUUGUUGCUUGCUUCUUCUUUCCUCUUUGAUCAUUGAUUUGCAGUGAUAAACUGUAAUAGUGGUGAAAAAGAACAAAGAAUAGUCUGCAGGAAACAAGACACAGAAACUGAGUGUCUGAUAAGUAGUACUUUGAAAUAUAAUGUAAAAUCUUGACUGUUUAUUAAUGGAGCAUCAUUUAAAAAUAGAUAUACAUUGUAUUUGUACUUGAUGCAUAUUUUGUUCUUGUCUUUGUUCA